AAUGUCCUUGGCGCUUUUAUUACAGUCAAAGACUAGAAAUGAAAGCACAAGUUACAGGUGCUUUCAUAGAAAAAUUCCAACUGAGUCCAGAUGAAAUGAACGUUCUUCGAGGCACAAGAGAUGGCCCAAUUACUGAGGAUUUUUUCAAGGCAUUAGGAAGAGUAAAGCAAAUUCAUAAUGAUGUCAAGAUUCUUCUCCGUACAAACCAACAGAGAACAGGCCUAGAAAUUAUGGAACAGAUGGCUUUGCUCCAAGAGACUUCUUAUGAGCGACUUUACAGAUGGGCUCAAAGUGAGUGCAGGACUUUGACACAAGAAUCAUGUGACAUUUCUCCAGUUCUCACCCAGGCCAUGGAAGCCCUGCAGGAUAGACCUGUUCUGUAUAAGUACACCCUGGAUGAGUUUGGAACAGCUAGAAGAAGUGCAGUAGUCCGUGGCUUUAUAGAUGCUCUUACCAGAGGAGGUCCAGGUGGUACUCCCCGACCUAUAGAAAUGCACUCCCAUGACCCUUUGAGAUAUGUAGGAGACAUGUUGGCAUGGCUGCAUCAAGCUACUGCUUCUGAAAAAGAACAUCUGGAAGCUAUGUUAAAGCUUGUAACCACCCAAGGUGUGGAAGAAAAUGUACAAGAAGUAGUUGGGCACAUCACAGAAGGUGUCUGCAGACCUCUGAAGGUCAGAAUUGAGCAGGUGAUCAUUGCUGAACCGGGAGCAGUUUUAUUAUACAAAAUAUCUAAUCUUCUCAAGUUCUAUCACCAUACAAUCAGUGGUAUUUUGGGAAACAGUGCAGCCACGUUGUUAACCACAAUUGAAGAAAUGCAUUUGUUAAGCAAAAAAAUAUUCUUCAGUAGUCUGAGCCUACAUGCAAGUAAACUAAUGGAAAAGGUUGAACUCCCACCACCUGAUCUUGGCCCAAGCUCUGCACUGAAUCAAACGCUUGCAUUGCUACGUGAGGUUCUGGCAUCCCAUGACUCAUCUGUUGUACCACUGGAUGCUCGUCAAGCUGACUUUGUACAGGUUCUGUCUUGUGUGCUAGAUCCAUUAUUACAGCUAUGUACAGUAUCUGCUAGUAAUUUAGGCACAGCUGACAUGGCAACCUUCAUGGUGAAUUCACUUUAUAUGAUGAAGACUACCCUGGCUCUCUUUGAAUUUACUGACAAACGUCUGGAAAUGUUACAAUUUCAGAUUGAAGCACACUUGGAUACGCUAAUAAAUGAACAAGCUUCUUGUGUGUUAACUAGAGCCGGUCUAAGUUGCAUAUACAAAUCUGUGCAGCAGCUCAAACCAGAGCAGGGACCCCUGGCAAACUUGCCUAGCUUGGAUUCAGUGUCACUGAAAGCUGCAAUGGUUCAGUUUGAUCGUUACCUGUCUGCUCCUGAUAAUCUGUUAAUGCCACAACUGAAUUUCCUUCUAAGUGCUACUGUGAAAGAGCAGAUAAUAAAACAGUCCACAGAACUGGUCUGCAGAGCCUACAGUGAUAUAUAUGCAGCCGUGAUGAAUCCAGCCAAUGAAUAUAAGGAUCCAGAAACCAUAGUACACAGAUCUCCUCAUCAAGUUCAGUCACUUCUCUCAUAAACUUAUUUUCCAAAUUAUGUUGCAGAACACUGACUGUAAUGUUUCAUAACAUUACAUUCCCUCAAUAUUAAAGCCCUGAAUAUUU